AUGUGGGGCGCUUUUGAGUUGUCUGCCAUCCACAACGAGGAAAUUCGCUCUCUUCCGACCAACUUCCAGGUCUUAGAUGGGCUUUUCCAGGCUUUAGCCGUGCGUGGUGGCGGGUUUUCUGUCGUGAUGAUUGAUAGGUUGCCGCAAGGCUUGCUUAUUCUAUACGCCUUUAUGAUGGUGAGAGCUCACACAUGCCAAAACAACAAUACCAGUAGCUAA